AUGGCUCACCUUCUCUCCCUCUUGGCCCUCGCCAGCACGGCGGUCGGCUCUUCUAUCCUGUUCGAAGGUGGUACCAUCAUCUCAUGGGACGAUGCCUCCUCCUCCACAACCAUCACUCGCAAUGGCUCCCUCCUGAUCACCAACGACACCAUCACGGGCAUCUACGCCGCCGGCCAGUCUGUCCCUCGGCCAUCGGGCAACGACACCCAGAUCAUUGACGCCACGGACAAGAUCCUGACGCCGGGCUUCAUCGACACGCACCGUCACGGCUGGCAGACAGCCUACCGCACCCUCGGCUCCAACACGAGCCUGUGGGAAUACUUUGGCCGCUACGGCGAGUAUGCCUCGGCCGGUCGCUACACGGCCGAUGACGUCUACCUGAGCCAGCUGACCGGUCUGUACGAGUCCAUCAACGCCGGCGUGACAACGACGCUCGACCACGCGUCGCACACGUGGUCGAACGAGACGGCCGAGGCGGGCCUGCGCGCCAGCGUCGACAGCGGCGCGCGUGUCUUCUGGGCGUACGCCAUCCGUGACAUCACCAACUUUACCAUUGCCGAGCAGAUCGGUAACUUCAGGGACCUGGCCAGGGCGGCCAUCUACGAGGGCACGCCGACGAGCCUGGGCAUCGCCCACGACACCUUCAGCAGCGACGCCCAAGGCGCAGCGGCUGUCGUGGCCUUGGCCAACGUCGCCGACAUUGACACGGUCGUCGUCAACGGCGUCGUCAAGAAGCGCGCCGGCCGCCUCGUCGUCGACGGGUACGACAGCCUCAAGACGCGCUUCCUCGCCAGCGCCCGCCGCAUCCAACGCGUCCUCAAGGACACGCCGCUGCCGGCGCCCACCGGCGCCUUCAUGUCCGGCGCCGAGCUGACGCGCGUGCAGGAGGCCGACGUCGUGCGCGGUAACGGUACGGGGUACUAG